CACCUCAGUCAGUAAAUGGAGACCUAAACUGAUCAGCUGAAACUGAACACUCUCCGGGUACACUUCUCUACCCUCUGCCGCAGCAGAUGGAAGCUCCUGAUAAUGCUGGCGGGGAACCGGACUUUGAGUUAACCGCCAGGUCUGAUGGAGUCGAAGCUUCUACAACAAGCGGUGUCGAACCCGCAAAUAGAUUUGAGCGUUACCCUUCUGGUAACAGCAGUUCCGCUGGCGCGGUUGCUAAUUUCGUCAACACCAUCGUGGGCGCUGGAAUUGUAGGGAUUCCGUUCGCGACAGCUCAGAGCGGGUUGUGGGCGGGAAUCUUCAUGCUCUGCCUCGCCGCUCUGCUGAACGUCAAGUCCACCACGAUGCUCAUCACGGCGGGAGAGAAAAUUGGGAGGCUCAACUACGAGGAGCUCAUGGCGUUUUACUUCGGCAGCGCGGGGACGCACGUGUUCACCUUGUUCGCGGGCGUGCUGGCCUUCGGGGCAAUGUCUGCCUACUUGAUCAUCGUGGGAGACACGGUCCCGAUGAUCGCGCAUGCGUCGGGCAUCGACACCGGAGCGCUCGCUGACCGGGCUUCCACGAUCGGGAUGGUCGGGGUGUUCUGCAUGCUCCCGCUGUCGUUGCUCAAGGAUCUGAGCAAGCUUGCCUACACGUCUUGCUUGAGCGUCCUGGCUGAUGUUCUGCUCACGGUCAUUGUCCUUGUGGCUGCAUCGGGAGCAGCCAGAGAACUCCCCGACGUCGACCGGUCCGACGUGAACACGUUCAUCAGGCCGACGAUCUUCGCGGGAUUCGGGGCAAUUUCUUUUUCCUUCGUUUGCCAACACUCUUCUUUUCUGGUGUACCGGAGCAUGAGCGAGAGAGGUGUGGACCGGUGGGCCACUGUUACGCGGUGGGCGGUCUCCAUCGCGCUGGUGAUGUCGCUGACCCUCGGCGUCGCCGGCUACCUCAGCUUCGCGGACGGCACCGAAGGAAACAUCUUGAACAACUUCACGCACGAGCACAUGCCCGCGACCGUUGCCAGAGCUUUCCUGGCCCUGACGAUGGUCUUCACCUACCCAUUAGAAAUGUACGUGGCAAGGCACGUGCUAGACGCUUCACUUUUCCAGACCUGUCUCGGGAAGGGCCCGAUCACCACGGUUCGGCACUACUGGAUAACCGUCAUCAUCUGGGCGCUCACCCUGACACUGGCCCUGUCCACCGGCAAUCUUGGAUCUGUCCUGGAGAUUUUCGGUGCUUUCGGCGCAAGCGCGAUUGGGUACGUCCUGCCGCCGCUGCUGUACAUGAAGUCCUGCGGCCACGAGCUGAGGCAAGCAAAGGCCGCCUGGAACAAGGACUCGUCCGAGUACGAGCCGGCGCUCACCGAGCGGCUGUGGGCGUCGCGCAACUUCAUCGUGCCCGUGUUCAUGGUGCUGUUCGGGGUCGUGGCGAUGGUGGCCGGCGUCGUGACGGCGGUUGUUGGGGAGUUGUCACACACGAAGGCGUGAUUAUUACCGAUUUUCUCAUUAGGGUGCGUGGGUUGGUUGUGGCUUCAGAGGUAGAAUCGCGGGUCUCGGUCGUUCGGGGAAACGCUUGAGGUCUGUGGGGAGUGUUUGUCUGCGGGAAGUUUUUGUCUGUGUGCUAGAAGACUGUAGCAAACUUAAGCAUAUGUGGUUAAGUGCUGGCGUGUGCGACAGAGGGAUUGGCUAUCGAUGGGGAGGGGUCGACGCUUUGUCCCUGUAGAUCUCUUGGACGCGCUGCAAUAUCCGGUGAAGAGAGGCACACUGGAAGAAAAAUUUGCGGUAGUUGUUUGCGUCCUUCAUAAUCGCCUACGAAGGGUUACAUGUUUUGAAUGUCGCCGAUGAUGCCGCAGAGUUGCUUGAGCCCGCUCACGACUUUGGUUGAACGGACCCUUUAUGUUUCGAUUUUGUUUAUAGGGAAUAGAUAGUCAAGGGUGGUGGUGGGGAAGGUAGAUCAUCAAUGUUAAUAGCUCCGUGUUUUCGGGGGAAGAAGCCGCGAUUGGCGUAUCGUAAUUUUCACUUUUCAUCUUUAAACACAAAGGAGAGCGCUCGCAAGGUUUUGGAUGACACACUACGUCGUACUGUACCGACACAGCCCACGAUUUGAACGUAAAUGUGCGUGCCCUCUUUCAAAGUUCUCCGCUCAUCCUUUUGUCCGUGUUGCCGCGCUCGGUAUCCGCGUGGGCUUUUUUCUCGAUCAAGAGGAUUUGAUUCAGGGAGGAGACCUCUAUCGGAGGCCCCCA